AACUUGUCGAAAAUGAAAUUUAACCAAAUUAAUAAACAUUAAACACAUUAAAACCAACGCCAAUAGCAAUUAUUGCUCAAAACGUUCUCCAUAUUAUGAAACUUUUAAAGAGUUUGCAGGUUUAUAUAACGAUUUUUCUAACUUUUAUUGGAAAGAAAAUGGCCACUCUCUUUGUCCAAUCUCGAUUUGCCGGUCUAAAGAUCGAAGAUGAUGAAAUGCCGGGCGAGAAUCAAAAAUCUAAAAAGGCGAAGGCUAAUGCGACUAAGAAAAUUGAGCCUCCGAAAAAAUCGAAGACCGCCAACAACAAAUCUCAGGCUGCUCCAAAAAAGCGUAAACAAAAGCCAGCCGAACCAACAAAGGAGCAAUGGGAGGAGUGGAAACAAAAAGACGAAGAAAUUGUUGAUGGCAACUUUGAAUCAGAGCUUCAGGAGGCUAUUUUAUUGUCAAAGCUUGAUUAUGAAGAAAAGAAAGAUGUGUACAAUGCGCUGAAGAAAGAAGCAGAGUCAGAGAAAAAAGUAGAAUCCACACGAAAAGAAAACAAGAAAAAUAAAAAGAAGAAUGUAAUGAGUUUGGAACAAUUUAAUGAUAUGGUUAAUAAUGAAGAUUUACCCAUAUAUGUAAACAGUCUAGUAGAGGAAAUACCCUCACAGGAUGAAAAGAAAGCCUCUGGAAAGGAUACACAUUUCUUUGAUCGGGUACAGGAUGAAACUAAAAAUGAAAUUCUAAGGGACAAAAUUCUUACAAGAGUUCGUCAGCCGACAAUAACAGAUGAAAUGGUCACGAGAGCCCAAUUUAUGGAUGCCCUAGAGAGAAAAGACCAGGAGAUAGCUGCACUGAAAGAAGAAAUAAUAAGCCUCAAAAAUGAACUGUUAACUGUGAAGUCUAGGAAUAAAAAACUAUGUAAUAUACUUGGACAGGGAGAAAUGAAAGACAAGGCAGAGGUUUUGGUAGAAGUUGAAAAACUCAGGGCAGUGCAGGCAGAGCUCACUGGGGAGUUAGCAACAUUACAUUCAGAUCUCGAAAAAGAACGAUCGAAAAAUGCUGACCCAAGAACUAAGGACAAAAAAAAAAGAGGAGGAAAUUCUGAAAAAGAAAAAUAGAGUGUUUUUAUAUAGAUAUUAGAAUACUAUAUUAUAUCACAACUAUAGUAUGUAAGAUAUUUUCUUAAAGUAAAGGCCGGACACAACUUUAAACUUGCUCAGCAAAACUCUGUGUACACUAACAGUAAUGUGUCUACUUGCUGAUCUUUCAAUAAUAUGUCCCCUUGGAUACCCAUCCUGCCCACUCUAAUUUCUAAAGAGUCCAAAAGACAAAUACUUAGCAUUUUUGCCAAGUGGGUUAAAAGUUGUGCUCGUCUUGUAAUUAUAUUAUGGUCAAUUUAAGACAAAUUAAUAUAGUAAGUCACUUAAGUGUAAUAAUUAUUUGAGAUGAUUACUUUGAACACUAGGUGUACCGAGAGAUUCUUCCAUUAUGUUAAA